CACAUUCGUGCAUUUCAGAUACGUUAUCGGGAUUUUUCAUUUUGCCAAUUUCCACUUUCAUUCACGAUGUCCAAAAGCUUCAGAUUAGAAAGAAUAAAUGAAUUGUGGAUGUUUGGAGGGGCUAGGUUGCUUGGUAAAUAACAACUACUCACUAACGGUAGCGACGUUGCUCCAGUAUUUCAAACAAGUGGCGUAUAGAUUAUUGUGACAGAGGAAAGUCGGACCAAAUCCAAGCAAUCGCCCAAAACGCACGAAUUUUCGACGACAAAAUGUCAAUAUUUUGGAAACACUUAUAAUUCACGAAAGAUAUGUCAACGACAUGUUGGUCGCUAUGGCAACGAAUGCCGCCUCGCUAUCAGUUAACUUCCAGGAGGGAGGAAUUAGAUCUCGCAGAUGAGCGCUGUAGAACGCCCGGUCCGACCCCUCGGGGUCAGCGACAGAGUGCGAGCAGAGGAGCAAGCACUACGGCGACACGAACCACUUUCACCGACAUUCCUCCGAGAAAUUCUCGUGACGUCACAGGAAAUGGAAAACGGUCACAGUUUCCAAACCGAAAGUCUGGAUACAUAGACCAUUUCAAAACCCAACAGCGUGUGAACUCCGCCAAAGUGAAAUUUUCAUCAAACCCUCCGACCUCGCCCUUUUCUCCCCGCGAGAGGGCGUCCACCGCGCCGCAAUUUCCGGUAACAAAAUUAGAGAACUCGGUGUCUGGACAAGAAUUAUCUGCCUCAAAUGUGCAGGAUAUCUGCAGCGAACAUAAAGCGACAGGAGGGCGUAUCCGUGCGCCAACAGUUCGUCCGAAACACGCUAUUACAGACUUGGAUGAGGCAACGGCUCUCCUCACAGAAAACAAAUCCGUUUUAAAAGACACGUCUCAAAGACGAUUGAAUGUUCGCGAGACGACUGAAGGCACCAUGUAUAUUGACAAUGGGAAAGUGUUCUUUAUAAAGAGGUCUAGACAUGAUCCUACGAACUUGCUGAAGUCCCGGACUACGGACGGGGGCUUCCUCGCAAGCAUUCGGAAAGACUAUCUCAAAAAGUCAAAAUACAUUGCUACCAAAGGUGAAAAACUAGAACAAGAGGACAGCCCAACGCUACAGCACGAACGAGUUUACUACAACCAAAAAGUAGGGCAUAUUCUGGACUAUUACAGCCGAGACGACGAAGACCGGAUGUCGAUUGAUGACCUUGCCAAAUACACAAGGUCAUCACCCCGAACGGCUUUCUCGCGGAGUGUGUCUCCUCGGAGUUCAAAGGUCAGGAAGUUGUACUUCGCGCCGGAUCAGGACGAACUUAGCCCACGAAGAUCUCCAGAUUUGUUAGAAGAUCCAAAUAUCAACUCGUAUAUGAAGGUCAAUUUUCAAUCCAAGCUUCACGACCGGAAGUUCUAUUUGCGCACGCCAAACAAACCGGAACUGCACAAUUUGUCCACCACAGAUAUCGAUAAUUGUAAAUGUGGAAUAUGUAAAAUAGAAAUGCAACUCUCUUUGAUGGAAAAACUAGGGAUCGGUUAUCCGUUUGCAAAGCAGGUCGAUCUUCAGAAGCAGACGAUACUAGAAAGUACUACGCAAAAGGCAGCAGACGAAAACCGGGACAUCGAAAGGGGAGGUCCAAUCCCCGAAGUGGAGGAAAUAACAACUGAUGGAGCAAAAACAUCAGCGGGGGCCGCUGAAAACAUCAACCAUCCGGAAAACAGUUCUAUCACCAUCACUGUUCCGGGAAUGAACAUAGAAAGGGAGGGAACUCAAACCGAAUCUAUGGUUGACACUUCUAGAAAUCUUCAGCCAACACCUUUACCCAGUGCACUUAUCGAUUAGCAUCUUAAUGUGAAACAAAUACAUGUACUGCACAUGCAUUUAGUAUUAAGUGUUUAGUUUUCAGAACUCGGUACACGGGUUCUUUUAAAAAAACUCUAACUUAUUUGCUCCUGUACAUAUGGAAAUUACAAUGCCUUCAUUACACCACAGGGGCUCGUCACGAAGUUUUUUCAAUCUUUUAUAUAUACCACCUCUAUACUAUAAAAUACACAAGGGAGGAAUCAAAACUCGAAAAAAUCGCUACCUCCCGAUUUCGGUCGCCUCGUAUUAAUUCUUCUCGGACGUUAAACCCUGCACUCUAGGUAUCAUUAGAUCGGGAAAGGACCAUAGUUCUUAGGAAUACCUGCAAAAUUUUAACAUCGGUAACAAUUUUAGAAGUUUUCACGCAUUUUCUUCCAGUUUACUCUCCGGUGACACUUUCUUCGAUCAGAUGUCGCGCUCUCAUUGGUCAAUUCAAUGUUGCUCAAGAUAACUCGUACGCGGACUUGUAUUUUAGAAGGAUUUUCAAACGAUAUUCAAACUUGCUUUGAUGCUAGAAAUACAUAGUCACGUCCUACCGAAUGUCCGAAGUAUGGUUAAAAUAUUUCUACAUAAAUAUGAAAAUUAAUACAUAUACUCACCACGUAAUAAGAACUUCUUCACUCAUCAUUUGAAUAUCCCUCUAAAAUACGAGUCAACGUACGAUUUAUCUUGAUCAACAAAAUUAACCAAUGAGAGCGCAUGAAUAAAUUUGGUGCGCGACAUCUGAUCGAAGAAAGUGUCACCGGAGAGUAAACUGGAAGAAAAUGCGUGAAAACUUCUAAAAUUGUUGCCGAUGUUAAAAUUUUGCAGGUAUUCCUAAGAACUAUGGUCCUUUCCCGAUCUAAUGAUACCUAGAGUGCAGGGUUUAACGUCCGAGAAGAAUUAAUACGAGGCGACCGAAAUCGGGAGGUAGCGAUUUUUUCGAGUUUUGAUUCCUCCCUUGUGUAUUUUAUAGUAUAGAGGUGGUAUAUAUAAAAGAUUUAAAAAACUUCGUGACGAGCCCCUGUGAUUACACUGUUCAAAACACUUCAAAGAUCCAUCUUUUUCUUUAAUUCUAAACCAACCAAAUAACAACAAUUAUUUCUUUCUCAAUGCAGCUGUCUCUCUGGCUAUCAGUUCAACUUUAGUAGAUUCAUUGCGUCGAAUAUUUUUGUUGUAUUUUUUAAUGAUGAAUUUAAAUCUUUCUUUAAUUGAUUAUAAUAUGUUUUAAAUGACAAUGUCACUUUUCCUAUAUUUACUGCAUGCGCGCCCUGUGUGUUAUUUUGAUAUUAUUCAAUAGUGCUAGUAGAACUAGCUGUUUUUGAUUUUUCUUAUGUUUGAAACGUGGAUAAAAUAAAAUAUGCCAUAACAUUCAACAA